UGCACUGUGUUAGUUUUCUUAUGGCGCGGCUCAAUUUUGUUCCAAUUAGUAUGAAGUAGUUUUAUAACCAGGUCAUCAGGCAUACAUUCUGUUUGGACAACGGCUUUAUCUGUUUCUAACGUAAAACUGAAAACCUCAUGUUACUUUCAGCCUAUAGGUGGCUGUUGAAUACAAGUGGCCGCUAUCUUGUUCAACUGUAAUAAGCAUGAACAUGUAAUUUUUUUGUCUAUGUGAUUGCCAGGAAGAACUUGACACUAUAGACCAUCUCAUGCAUUUACGGUAUGAUACGACGUAAGGAAAGGACAUAAUAGAAAACGACAUGCGGCAGCACUGCAAACUUUCAGCCAUUCAUGCCUUCAUCUUUUCAUCCAUAUUCUUCAAAGAAACAGUAUUAUGCGAAACAGAGGUUCAGCGCAUUCCUUUUAUUCGAAAUUUUGAACGAGUUUAUUAUGACCACGUUAAAUUACGAGAUCAUCACGUGACCAGACGUUCAACUGACGAGUUAACGUUUCAGUUUGAAGCGUUCGGAAGGUCAUUUACUCCAGUUCUUCGGCAAGACAAUACACAUCUUCAUCCAAGCCUUGUUGUUGAAACGAGUAAAGAAACAAGGACAAAUAAUAGACCCUUGCCUUACUCUGGUUAUAUUAAAGAGGAUUCCUCAAAAGCUUAUGGAGUACUAACCAGAGGAGGGCACUUUGAAGGGAAAAUCAUAACAAACAACGAAACAUAUUUUAUGGAAAGAGCAAUACACCAUUUUCAACACGCAGAUGAAUUUCAUACGGUUGUUUACAAAAUUUCUGACGUCACUUUUAAUUCAUCACAUACUUCCUGUGCGCAUGCGCAGCUGAAAGAGAAGCAGACGCAAAUGACAGGAAGUGUAAAUAAUUACGACUAUGGUGGAGUAGAUCAUAUAACUAAACACGUUAAACCAUCAGAAUAUACAAUAGAAAAAUAUACAGAAGAGACGAACCCUGACGCAUUCAGUAAGAAGAAAUUUAACAAAACCAGGAUGAAACGAGCUGUUGAUCCUACAAAACGAAUCUGUGAACUGUACAUGCAGGCUGACCACAAGUAUUUCCAGAAAUACGGAAGUGACGUAGACACCGUGAUUGAAAAAUUGACACAGUAUGUGCACGCUGUAGAUGAAAUAUACAAGGAAACAAAUUUUGAUGGAUCCGGUGGAGCUGACAGUAUUGGCUUCAUAAUAAAAAAGAUCAAAAUCUGGGACGAUCCGCAAGUGGAAGGAUACAGAUACGACGGUAAUUUCGCCGUGGACUAUUUUCUUGACCUUCAUUCUCGGGGUAAUUACGACUCGUUUUGUUUGUCGUACUUGUUUACCUAUCAAGACUUCUCCGAUGGUGUUCUCGGUCUGGCCUGGGCUGGACAUCCGACUUCCGCCGGCGGCAUCUGUGAAAAAUACAGGACAUAUCAAGGUGAAGGCAAAAGUCUUAAUACUGGAAUAGUAACACUAUUGAAUUAUGGGUCGGAAGUACCGUCUGCUGUAUCUCACGUGACCUUUGCACAUGAAAUUGGUCACAAUUUUGGAUCUGAGCACGACCCAGAAGGCAACCCAGAUUGCACACCAGGUGACACUGCCGGAAACUACAUCAUGUAUGCGCGCGCAACAUCCGGAAAUCAAGCAAACAAUUACAAACUGUCAAGCUGCAGCAUUGAACAAACAUAUCCAGUUCUAGAGGCUAAAGCAAUAACUUCCGAUGGUUGUUUUGUUGCUGAUUUGGGCGAGGUGUGUGGUAACAGGGUGGUUGAAGGGACGGAGGAGUGUGACUGUGGUUGGGAGGACGAGUGCACAGAGGGGUGUUGUAAUCCAAUGGUGGACGAUCCUGAUGCACCUGGUGUAGAAACACCAUGUACGAAAAAGUCUUCUGCGGUUUGUAGUCCCAGUGAAGGUUCAUGUUGCAAUGCGAGCUGUCAGUAUAAAGCCGACACUGUAUCUUGCCGAGUGACAUCUGACUGUUUAGACGAAGCAUUUUGUACAUAUCCUUUAUUUACUAUAUUCAAUAUACAGUAUUUUGUAUUUGACCUUAAUAACCUCCUUACUGGAACCUCGGCUUCUUGUCCAUCAUCCAGUCAUAGACCUAACGGAACAACAUGCGGGGACAGCGAGGACACUCUUGUUUGCUUCAACGGGGAAUGUUCGGGGUCAAUAUGUCUUGCCCAUGGGCGUGAACCAUGCUAUUGCUCACCGGAUACCGCGGGAGAUUGGAAGGAUAAGAAACUAUGUCAAGUCUGCUGUAAAGACGGAGACACUUGCAAAUCUUCAUUUGAUCUUUCGGAUAUACCCGAUGCCGAGGCACUAGCAGGCCAGCCAUGUAACAGCUAUCAAGGGUACUGUGAUGUCUUCAAGAUUUGUAGACAGGUCAGUCCUGAAGGACCUUUGAGUAAUCUGAAGAAGUUGUUCCUGUCUGGAGAUGCGAUAAAUGCCGUCAAAGAUUUCUUGACUAAACACUGGUACGUCGGUCUGAUAGCCGGACUGGUAUUUAUCGUCAGCAUUGCACUGGUCGUAAAAUUCUGUUCAAAGUCGCACAAACCGCUUGAACAAGACGAUCGACAAUUACACUACGACCCAAGAAUAAAUUCGAGACAAGCAAAACCUAACCAAGUGUCUCCAGAUGGCUACAUGUAAUACUUCCGUGACUGAAAUGUCUACUACAUGCACAUGGUCCUGAGUUUGGAGGCGAACAUUAAAAUUCAUCCUUGACAUUGUAUAUUUUUAAGAUUAUGUCAACAAGUUGUAGUAGUUGGCAUACUAGUCACAAAUUUGUAUAUUGACAUGUUCUUUUUCAAUGAGUGAUUAUUGUCAGAUCAUAAUAUACUACUAACAUUGUAGUUCAAUCGUUCUAUGAACAGAAACGAUAUAAUUGUAUUUUGCCAUAAAGCAAAAUCCAUUAUUAUCGCGAAAACUAAUUACAUUUUUUCAAACUUUGUUGCAAGGAGAUUGUGAAGCAUAUGUGUGCUAAAGAGCUAAGGAGUCAGCUUUUGUCUGGCACAAGACUGCCAUUGUGGACACUGUCUAAAGAGUACGAGGGGUAUUUGUGAUUAAUUAGGUUUUAUUAACCAGGAGAAAUGAUGUCAUGUUUGGAGAAAUGACGUCAUGUUUGAAACUGUUGUGUAAUAUUACCGCAUGUGCCGCUUUUCUUCUCAAAAUAGAAACAUAGGCUUACUAGUAGCAUCCUUGAUUUACGGUGGCAUAUUUCUGCCACGAGAUAGCUGUAUAGGUAGCUAUCGCGAUACUUAAAAUAGCUUGAUAUUAAAGCGAAGGUUUCUGAAAAGAUUAUCUCAAUAGUCGAAAGUUUCCUGGAAAUACCAUUGCGAUAAUUAAUAUUAUUAUCUUGGUACGUAGGUGCCCGUAGCUGCCAUUUAUAGUUAGAGAGCUAUCUCGAUGCUUUCAGAAAUUAUCUUGAUAUGUCGAACUAUCUAAAACUUCUUCUCAAUAACCUAAAAUUUCCUUGAAAUAAAAUCAUCUUGGAAAAGAACUUAUUGCGAUUUUCAAAAU